AUGUCUUCCUCACCUUCCACCCCAACCGCAUCAACUUCCACCUCUGAACUUCGAUCUCGUUCCCAUCGCCCACCACCACUCAAUCACGUCGAGUCCAACGAAGGUCAUCCUCCACCUGGUACUCCCCCUGCAUCAGAUUUUAGGUCAGCUGUCUCUGCCGAUAGCUCUACAAACGUUCAAUUUCCAGGUGGACUAUAUCUGCCCGCUGUGAAAGGUACAAUAGGAGGAAUUGAAUCACCACGAAGGCAUAUGCGAAAUUCACCUAGUAUAUCUACUUUCCGUGAUAACUCGUCAUCUAAUCCUCCAAAUUCAGCAUCUACCAUUCAACCUCCCCAGUCUUCCCAACAAGAUCAGCAGGAACGCCAAGAUGCUUCUCCUCCUCCUCCUCCCCCUCCACCGCCCUCAAGCCGAGCUAUAUUUAGGAGUGACCCGACUAUCAAAAGCUGUUUGACAGCCCUGAAGAUGGAUAAAGCGGAUGAGAUAGCUAAGUUAUUUGGGGUCGCUUAG